AUGGCCUCCGUCGCUCUCCUCUUUCUCCACUUCUUCUUUCUCUUAUCCGGCUGUGUCUUUUCGGACUCCUACGGGUGGGAAUCCGCCCACGCCACCUUCUACGGCGGCAGCGACGCCUCCGGCACCAUGGGAGGUGCUUGCGGGUACGGGAACCUCUACAGCACGGGCUACGUCACCAACACGGCGGCGCUCAGCACGGUGCUGUUCAACGACGGGCUCAGCUGCGACUCCUGCUACGAGUUGCAGUGCGCCGACGACCCCCAGUCGUGCCUCCCCGGCUCCAUCAUUGUCAUCGCCACCAACUUCUGCCCCCCAACCUACGACCUCCCCAGCGACAAUGGCGGCUGGUGCAACCCCCCGCGCCCGCACUUCGACCUCGCCCAGCCGGCGUUCCUCCAUAUCGGGCAGUACCGCGCCGGCAUCGUCGCUGUCUCCUUCCACAGGUGCUCCAUUCGCCGUUUAACUUCCCUCGCCGGAAUCAAGCAGUCACUAAAGCUCUGUUUUUUUGUUACUCUACACUACAGGGUGCCUUGCGUGAAGAAGGGGGGAAUACGGUUCACCAUCAACGGCCAUUCCUUCUUCAACUUGGUCUUGAUCACGAACGUGGCCGGAGCCGGCGACAUGCACUCCGUGUCGAUCAAGAGGUCCAAGGGCGGGUGGCAAGCGAUGUCGCGCAACUGGGGCCAAAACUGGCAGAGCAACUCGUUGCUCGACGGGUAGAGUCUCUCCUUCCAGGUGACGACCAGCGACGGUCGGACGGUCACCAGCUUCGACGUGGCACCGGCCGUGUGGCAAUUCGGCCAGACCUUCGAGGGUGGACAAUUCUAACUAAGCUCAUCAAGGAAUUAAGGCUUGUAACGUUGGACGCUGAGGUAGCUCAUCAGGCAGCACCCGCAGGAGCCUCCCAAACUCCCAACCCCUAA